CACCGUCUGGAUUCGUGUCUCUUCCUCUCUUUUUCUCAUUCUCCUCCUCAGGGGGGCACUGCUCCUACCAUGUCGAUUGGUAGACACUUACAAAUGUUACUAUUUUGAGAGACUCGCUGUGUGCGCAGUAGCAAAUAAGAGAAAGAGAGAGGGAGACCGGAGAUUUUGGUCUCUUUAUUUUUUCAUUUCUCUGUAUAAUGAGUGCUUUGCAUUUAAGAGACUGAUGGCGCAAGGGGAGACUCAAACCCGCAGGUGAUGCCAAGCUGUGUCAUAGCAUCCAGGUCGCAGUGAGUCCAGACACCAAGUCCACAGGUUGGUGAAGCAGUUUUGCGGACCAGCACCAGAAAGCUCCAAAAACCAUUAGGCGAGACCAAGGCACAGGAAGGAACCAUGGCGACUUUCGGUAAACUCACAGAAUACUUUAAUCGGCGUAAAUCUCGUGAGGAACUGCGAGUCGGCAGGAGCUCGCGGAGGAGUGGCAGUUACUGCUGUUCAGUGGCAGAGGCCAGGUCGCUGGAAAGGAAGCUGCAAAGACCCAUCCUGGCCAAAUCUCGUACUCUACCCAGCAUCCCCCAAUCUCCGCGGGUUUCCAGAGUCCAUCAUUCUGACCUCAUUGGUGGAAGUCCUCCUCGCAGAAAGAACUCACCCACUGCCAGCAGCCCAAAAGCAUGCACACUGCCACCUGCUGGCGAACUGUGGCGUUUGGAGGAUGACAUGGAGGCUGAAGAUGAGCCGGGGCGCGGGGAAGCCAGACCUCGCUCCCAAUCGCCCUUUUCUCACUUCCGGGCACGCACCGCAUACCUCCGUAAGAGCUUCUCGGCCGACAACCACCUGGACAUGAGCUGCGACUACGCCUCGGGGAAUGCGGUGGAUGAUAAACCUACCCGCAGCAGUAAGACCAAGCUGAAACGAAAAUUUAGUCUGGGCUCGGUUGAUCGCAAGGAACAUCAACACAAAAAGUCAGAGUUUGGAAUCUCCAAGUUUACUCAUCGUCUCUCCCUGAAAGAACGUCCAGCCAAAGCCGAGAAGCCCCCGUCUGAAAGAGUGCAUUCCUACAGGCGACGCUCGCUUAGUGUUGAUUGGGCUGAUUCAUCCAAGAUGACGCAGCCCAUGAGGGGCGACCAGGCCCACCAGCCGACCCCGGCUCGUAAGUCAGCCAGCCUGUCCUCGCCAAGUGCGGCUCGCCGCCUGUACCGCAACUUGUCUGGAAAGUUCCGUGUUAGCACCAACCCCUCUGCCUUGGAGGACAGCGUGGUGUCGGGACGGGGAGGAGACAAGGAGAGGUUGCGCAAAACCACUGUAUUCCAGGGCAAUGAAGCGCUGUUUGAAGCAGUGGAGCACCAGGAGUUGGACUUGGUGCAGUUGUUGCUCUCCCAGUACAGCUUAGAGGAGCUGGACCUCAACACACCGAACAGUGAAGGCCUCCUGCCACUUGACAUCGCCAUCAUGACCAACAAUGUGCCCAUGGCAAAACUUUUACUCCGGGCUGGUGCAAAAGAAAGUCCCCACUUUGUAAGUUUGGAAGGCCGAGCAGUCCAUCUGGCCACCUUAGUGCAGGAGGCCGAGCAACGCGUGUCGGAGCUUCAGACCCAAGUUGGCGGCGAAGUUCCCGGAGAACGGGAAGGAUCGGACCGAGAGAGGCAACUGAAGGCUUGGGAAUGGCGGCUGAGGCUCUUCAGACGCAUGCAGACAGGCUUCGAGCAUGCAAACCCUCCGAACACGCCGAGUGCAGCACGCUUGUCUGUCAGCAGCAGCACCAGUCUAACCGUUGAUUUCCAGGAACCUCAAUGUGUCAACUCGGCUGUGGUUACCAAAUACAAAGUGAGCUGGGGCGCCACGCCUUCUAUCAGCUCUGUGUUGGGAGAGGCAGUGGUUGAAGACGCCACUGUGCUGCAGUACAACAUUACUGGACUCACCUCUGGGACUCCAUACUAUGUUCAAGUGUCGGCCUAUAACAUGAAGGGAUGGGGACCAGCCCUCGCUUCGACACCAGCCUGUGCUGCUCCUUCCAGUUGGAGGGACGUCGAUGGCCGUGCCCCCCGGCAAAGAGGCCAGAAGGAGGUUCUGGACCAGCUGCUUGCCCAAAUAAAAGAUGCCCAUCAGAGCUGUGUCUGCCACGAACAUUGCAAAGCACCGGCGCAAGGGAGAAAACACUCUGUGUCCAAAAGCCUGCGUCAUCUAUUUCAACCCAACAGCAAAUUUGUCAAAAGUUUGAAAAGAGGACUUUAUCUGACGUCCAUCUUCUACCGAGAUGACAGCGUCUUGGUGACCCCUGAGGACCAGAUUCCCAUUGUAGAAGUUGAGGAUUCCUACCCCAGCUCCUUGAUGCAGGACUUCCUCUGGUUUACAAAGGUAUCCUACUUGUGGGAGGAGAUUGCCUGGCUCCAACAGUGUCUCAACCCCACUCAGUCAGCUUGUUCGUGCACCCUGCAAACCCGCCUCAAGAUGCUCCAAGCUAUUUCUCAUCUCCAGGGUAUGCUAGGAACGCAAGACUUGGGCCAAGUGUAUUUCGAGCCUAUCAAAGACAAGCACGGUAAUGCCCUCCUGGUGCUCCUGAAGGACAUGAACUCCUCUGCCAACCCGGACGGCAUGCGCUGGAUGCAGCUUUGCAAACUGCAGCUCCAACGAAAGUCCAUUUCCUCGCCUGAGGAGCCUACCGCUCUGGACAUGCUCCUCAUCACCCUGCAUGAGAAGCUUGCUUAUCACCGACGCAGCAGGAAGCUCUUGUCUCCUGGCUUAUAUCUGGGAUAUUUGAAGCUGUGUACCUCUGUGGAGCAAAUCAGAGCACUGGUGCCACAGAAGCUCCCAAACGUCCUCUGUCACACCAAGAUACGAGACAACAAUAAUGUCUCCAGUGAGGAGUGGCAAUUGCUGCAGGCCCUCAACUCCCUGGAGGAGCCAAUGGAAACGGAGCCCGGCAGCAUUCAGAGUGGCCCGCGUCCCCUCCUUCACGACCUGUGUAGCGCCAUCAAGGAUCUGAUCGCCCACAUUAAUGUCCCAGGCAACCAGACGCAGGACUUCCGAAUCUACACCCAGGAAGUGUUGGAAUUCGGAGACAAGGUGUCCUUCCUCCUUCUCUUACCUCCGUGCGAUGAAGUGUGCACCCCUCCGGGUCAGAACAAUCCCUACUCUCCUCGCUCCGGCUUCCUUACGCUGCCCUUGCAGAUCUUUGAACUGGUCCACUUUAACGCCUAUUGCCCCGGUUUCAUCGGCCAGUACUGCAGAGUAUCUGCUUUGCUGGAGCUGGAGUCGCUCAUGUCUCAACAAGCCUUGAGGGAGGCUUUCUCUGAAGAAGAGCUCACCAAUGCCAAAAAGAAGCACCAGCAGCUGCAAGAACAUAUACAACAAAUGGAGGAAGUGUGGCGUGAUGCCAGGUGGAUCAUGGAGGCCUUACAGUACGCACGCUACAAACAGCACACCGGAGGCAUUUCCAUAAGCGGCUUGAUCGACUUGUCAAAGGAAGUGGUGCCAGACAAGCCCGCGUCCACUUCCUCCCAGCCUGACUUCAUGCCCUCGCCCUUACCUUCACCAGAACGUUGCCGCAAGCACUCAGACUUUGCAGGCCUGUCAGAUGAGGAGGGCUCCUCAGAGGUCUUCCUAACAACCGACAGCGACUACGAUUCCAGUCGAGCCCAGAGCCCUCGCGAGCUGGACCUGCUGCCCCCGUCCCCGCUUUCUACCUCGGCGCCCCCAGAGCCCCGCGGCUUCCUCCGCAGCGACGGCAGCGGCUCUGGCGUCGGACUCGGUCGAGGCGGACAAGGAGCCCUGAGGGACUCCACUCCUGACGUCCUGCGGGCCUCAGAACAGCAGCGCGGCCGUGAAUUGGGGAGGUGCAGCGAGGGUGUCUGCUGCGGGGUCGAACGCCGACGUGGGCCACCCGAGCUUUUUGACAGCGACUUCAUCCUGCCGAGUCGGCAGAUUGAACUGCUGCACAUUACCGAAAAACGGCAGGCUUUCUGCGUGCGCACGAGUAGUCUGGAGUUCCCCUCCACCACAUCCGCCAACCAUCAGUCGUACUCCCGCCGUGCUUCUUCGCCACAGCGACAUUGGCACAGGCCCUCAUCGGUGGACCGUUGCUGUAUGGCAGAACACAGGUCACAACGAAGCCCGCCGGCCAGAACGCUAUCGGAAGACAGCGGUACCCAGCGGCUCUCUUCCCCGAGGCCGGCUGCCCACAGGAAAGGCUCCCACGCCACGCUCAGAGUGUACCCACAGUACCGCACAGGGCUCCCCAAGGAAACUAGUGUCAAGCUGUGUGUGACUCCUUGUACAUCGGCGGGUGAGAUGGUCCGUUUGGUGGUUCAGGAGAUGAACCUGGUGUCUCAGCAAAUGCUCGGCGGCGGCGAUCCGGAUCAGGACGCCUUCUACGGCCCUGAACAGUUGAAGCACUUUGGCCUUGUGCUUGUGGUGGACGAACGGGAAAAGUGGCUGCAGGACGACUUUUGUCCCUUGGAGCUGCAAAACCCCUGGCUGAGGGGUAAGUUGUGCGUACGUAUUAAGGCCUACUCGCCCCUCGCUCUCAAACACGGCCUGGCCACCACGGUGUGACUCAUUUGGUGGAAAGACAGUGUUACUUCAAAUGGCUUUGAAAGUGAAUGAUUAAAAGCUUCUCAUGGGAAAAUCCUCUAUUCUGAGUUUUGAAAACGACACAGGCUUCUAUUUGAGACUUUUUUCCUGUAGCCUUGUCAUUCCGAAGCAUCCAGUCAACACACUGUAGCUCCAACGUCAGAUUUCGUGAAAAUAACAAGCUCCAACCAGCAGAAUUUGCAUUUUUAAAACAACAAGCAAUACUUCUUCCAAGAAUUGUGCUGACUGCAUCUUCAUAAAGUACUUGUCAUUCUGUGCUCAAAAGUGGAACAGUUCAGUGUUUUGCUGUUUUUAUAGUACCCACAAUGCACCGUGAAACGGUGCUUAUCCUUCCUCACAAAAAGAUGCGCAAAAAAGCGUGAAAAGGAAUCCCAACAAUGGACUUAAAAGGUGCUUUUCUUUUCAGAGGGGUGAAAAAACGAACUUUUUCUGGGACAAACCACGACAUUCUCCACAUUCUGUUUAAACGUCUUGCUCAGAUCUAAGUUUUUCUUUCGGGACACAUUUUAGUCAAAAAGAGACUGUUUCGUGCUCUGCAUAAAUAAUUGUAGCAGGAUGAAAACGUUACCAUGACAACCUCUGUCGCUCACACGAGGAAAGUGUUUACAAAGUUUACUAAAAGAACAAAAUAUGUGCUUUUGUGCUCCUACUGUGUUAAAAAAGAAAAAGUUUCAAUUGUGUAUUAGAUUUUAAGGAUGGCUUAUUUUCCUGUGUUAGCGCUUAACAUCUUUUAUGUUGUUUAAAGUGUUGUUUUUUUUAAUGAGUGCCACAUGCAGGAAAAAAAAUAAUACUGUGGAAAACUUUGUAAAUAGAAGAGCAGGUGUUGAAUGUAUUGUGUGGAUGGAGGAGUGCGUCCGCAACGUGUUUACAAGGCGCAACAAGGAAAAGUCAUGAAGGAGACAUUACGUCACUUUUUUGGGAAAAUCUAUUUUUAUUGAACAAUAAAUGAAUAUGACAAAGGAAUGUCUAUUGUUUUUUUUUCUUCAAGAAAGUUACUAACCUUAAGUUUAUUUAUUAAAUUGUAUUAACUCUUAGGCUGCCAUUUGGAUGUACUGGCCGCAAAUGAUCGCUGCCCAACGGAUUGGACGUCUAUCACCGUCAGUGGAAGGGAAUGGGUUAAAAUGCCAAUCAUAGACUUCACUAUCAGAAUAUCAAUAUUUUCAAAACCAAAGCCGCUAGCGACCUAAAACCUAAACCUUAGGCAUAUAUGAGUCUCCAUGAGCAGCGACAUAAAAAAAAUUCAAAGUCGCUCCCUCAUAAAAUCCCAAUUAUUUUUUUAAUAGUAUAACAAAACUUGAAAUGGCUAUAAAAUUCUCAAAUCUAAAACCACCAAAUGCAGAGAUAAUCACCUAUAUUUUCAGGAACAAUAGCAAUAAUAAACAUAUAAGUUUUUGCCCCCAAAAAAAUGUUUUUGUUUAGUGCAGGAUUUCAGCAGCUAAUAACUCACUAUAUUUUCACAUCAGAAUCUAAACACUUGAGGAAAGCAUGCAGAAUCAUCUUAAUUUUACCCAACAAAAGCACAAUUUGCAUUUUUCUAUAUACAAUCACAGCUUAUUUAGGUUAAAUUCCGAUGUU